GCCGAAGAUGGCCGAGUCCCCGGAGGAGGUGGCGGUGCUGGUGCAGCGGGUGGUGAAGGACCUGAACAACGCCUUCAAGCGGAACCCCCACAUAGAUGAAAUUGGGUUAAUACCCUGUCCUGAAGCCAGGUAUAACCGGAGCCCUAUAGUCCUCGUAGAAAACAAGCUUGGCGUGGAGAGUUGGUGUGUCAAGCUUCUUUUGCCAUAUGUCCACAACAAACUCCUCCUCUAUAGACAAAGAAAGCAAUGGCUGAACAAAGAUGAAUUGAUAGAUAUCACGUGUACGCUGCUGCUGCUAAACCCAGACUUCACCACUGCAUGGAAUGUAAGGAAAGAACUAAUAUUAUCUGGCACUUUAAGUCCAGUUAAGGAUUUACAUCUUGGAAAACUGGCAUUAACGAAGUUUCCGAAGAGUCCAGAAACAUGGAUUCACAGACGAUGGGUGCUGCAACAACUAAUUCAGGAAAACUCCUUGCCAACUCUUGUAACUAAAGGGAACUUGGGAACAGUGCCUAUGGAAAGAAUUCAACGAUUAGUGCAGGAGGAAAUGGAUGUCUGCUGUGAAGCUGCUGGGAGAUAUCCAAGCAACUACAAUGCCUGGUCCCACCGUAUCUGGAUUUUACAGCGUUUGGGAAAGCUGGAUGUCAAGAUUCUCCUUGAUGAACUUUCUUCCACUAAACAUUGGGUGUCCAUGCAUGUUUCAGACCAUAGUGGAUUCCACUACCGCCAGUUCUUAAUAAAGUCCUUGAUUGGCAGAACUGUGACCGACAAUUCUAUACUGGUGCAAAAUCAGCUGGUAAAUGAGCCAACCCCCAGUCUUCCAAAGGAUGAAAAAAAUGAAGCGUCUGAAGCUGCCUGUACAGAAGAACUGAGGGUAGAUCUCCCCAAUCUUCUAAAAGAAGAGUUGGAGCUCUGCAGUGAUCUUAUUAAUACCUUCCCUGGGCAUGAAACACUGUGGUGUCACAGACGACACAUGUUCUACCUUCAGCACCAUUUAAACAACAAACUUCCUCUUCCAAAUGUAUGGUUGACAUCUGUGGACAGCAGUGAUGGAACUUUGAAUAAUUCACACCCCAGUACAGCAGUCAGUCAUGUGACUCAUGCCAUGGAUGUUGAUGGUUUAAAUGAUUCAAGCAAACAAGGCUAUACUCAAGAAACCAAACGCCUGAAGCGUGCCCCUAUACAGGACUCUCUUGGCUUGGAAAUGGAAUACAGGUUCAUUGAUAACGUUUUAGCAACUUGCAGAGACGUAGAGCAGGUCAGGUUUGCUACUGAAUACAGGAAAUGGCUAGUUACUUUUCUAGGUCAAUGAAGGAAGUUUACAACCUUCAGGUUCCUCUUUUAGUGCAAUAUUCUCUUAUCAAACACAUGCAUGUCAUGGUUGCAAGUGUUGGCUACCCAUGUGCUUCUCACCUUUCUUUGUGGUCAGUGCUAAAAUUCAUAUACAAAGUAAUAUUUCAUUUUAUUUAUUAAAAAAAUCUAGAAUAGCUUUUUAUAAAGCAAAUGUAGUUUGCUUUUUUCUUUAAUCCUUUUUAAAAAAAAAUUACACAAUUUAUAUUUUUACUUAUGGAAACUUCAUAUCAUACCAUUGUCCUGCUUAAACUUUUUUUAUCUUAAUAUGGAUUAUGAAUAUAACCCUACCAAAUUCACACCCAUGAAAAACAUGUCAUGGACCAUGAAAUCUGGUCUUUUGUGUGCUUUUACCCUAUACUAUACAGAUUUCACGGGGGAGACCAGCGUUUCUCAAAUUGGGGGUCCUGACCCAAAAGGGAGUUGCAGUGGGGUCCCAAGGUUAUUUUAGAGUGAUCACAGUAUUGACACCCUUACUUCUGCACUGCCUUCAGAGCUGGGGGCUGGAGAGCAGCAGCUGUUGGCCGGACGCCUAGCUCUGAAGGCAGCACCCUGCCAACAGCAGUGUAGAAGUAAGGGUGGCAAUACAAUACCAUGCAAUCCUUACUUCUGCGCUGCUGCCUUCACAGCUGGACUCCUAGCCAGUAGUCACUGCUCUCCAGCUGCUCAGCUCUGAAGGCAGCAUUGCUGCCAGCAGCAGUACCACAACACACACCCACCCCACCCCCCCAUGGUUCCCUCCCCACAAUUCCUUUUUUGGGUCAGGACUCCUACAAUUACAACACUGUGAAAUUUCAGAUUUAAAUAGUUGAAAUCAUGAAAUUUACAAUUUUUAAAAUCCUAUGACUGUGAAAUUGACCAAAACAAACCAUGAAUUUGGUAGGACCCUAAUUAUGAACAAUGGGUCUUUUAAAAAACCAAAAGUUUAAAAUUAUUUUGAUCCAAGUGGAAUGUCUGGAAAACAAAUAGGUGGAUCUGUCAUUGUAACAUGAACCACCUUCCAGAUUAUUCUUCUCUUCCAUAGCGAAUGCUGAUAAUGACUCUUAACCAAAGCCGGUGGAGUCAGGUUUUUUCAAUAAGAAUUAUUACUUCUGAAUUGCUAACUGCCUGUCAAAGAUCAGGCUGCAGUGUUUCUGCCUUCCGUUCCCCUUUUCAUUAUUUCUAAGGGCAAAUAUUACUACAGUACUGGAAUUGUGCUUUUUGUUAUUGUCAGUGGUAUUUUGUUUGCCUCACACAUCUAUUGUACAUGGUUGAUAUCAAAGCCUACUAAAUUGACCUUGUCAAGUCCGGUACUCACUGGUGGAUGCAGGAAAAUGAACCGUGUUUCACACACGCAGUGUAGAAGUAUGGUUAAAGCUAAAUGUGCAGGAUUUGUUAGCAAAGUUCUUUCUCUUAUGUCAUACUUUGUUAUUUUUACCUCAAUAAGCCAGAGUUAGACACUCUAUUUAAAUUUCUGAAUGUAUUAUGUACACUACAGAGUCCCACAAAGCCCACUAAACCGCACGUUAAAAAGCUAUAGAAAAACUAAGAACGUAUGCGUUUCUUAGAUGAUGGGAUAAAAAGGAGUUAUGCUGACAGUUUUAGUACUGUUUAAAAUGUGCAGGGUCUCUUCCCUUCCAUGCUUGUUCAUUGCUUCCUCCCACUAAGCAGGGCAUCAAUUUCAUUUUUCUUCUCUGUCAGUGGACCUUUUCCCAUCCAACCCCUCAAGUGUGUGUGUGCUGGAAGGACAAUUUAUACAGUUCCAGGGUAGUUUUGAUCCUGACUUUCCUUUUGGCUACCAAUGCAGGUAUGUAUAAAUACUUGUACUGGCAUUUUCUCAGAGCUUUACUCUACAUGAGGGACUUCCAGUGUAGCUACAUCAGUGUAAUCAUGCCAGUGCGAAGCCCUCAUGUAGAAGCAUUGUGCCAGUAUAAAGCGAACCUUGCACUAAGGCAACUUUUUACCCCUGUUUCAAACAGAGCAAACUAGCUAAGAGGAUCCAGAGCUUCAGGAGAGAUCCUUUGCCACCAUCCCUGUGUGUGUUUGUCUUGUCUUUCCCCAAGGUGAUCAGUAUCCUGCUGCUGCUCUUGCUGCUCAGAAAAUACUAUGAGCAGUAGAAAAGCAUUAGAAAUACACAGGAUUCCUGUGGUCCCAUGUCCCUUUUGAGUCUCCCAUCAGUGGAGUUACUCUUGCAUGUCAAAGGGAAAAUAGACCUCUUGUAUGGUAUGUUUGGCUUUAGCAAUGUGGUUGAAUUUAAUGAUCUGAGGAAAAGGGCAACCAAUAGGGUCAUUCAGGAAACAGCAAGCAUCGUUUAAACAAGGUCUCUAAAUUUAAACUCCUCCUGGAUUUUUAACUCUGCAGAGAUUGCUGCCUCCUAUGACUUGAAGCUUCCGCUCAUAGAUACUCUGUGGCUACAAUGAGGUCAUAGAGACAUUUCAAAUUGUACGUACGUACUUGGUGACUGCUGGGUGCCCAAAAAGUGUGACACUGCCUACCACUGUAGUUUAUUGCAGAUUAUAUUGUCAAUCCUAAAAUUACAUUUAAAGUAAUUAAUUUUGUCUCUUUCAGUUUUAUCUUUUCACAGAUUACCUGUUUAAUAGAAAGGUAUUGGAGGGUGAAAAGUGAGGAGAAUUUGUGCCUUGUGAAGUAGAAAAUUAUUAUUUGGGGGAUGGAGGGGAAGAAUGCGGUCUUCUGCUUGUAACAUAGUGUAAGAUUUGUGGUGGGGGGAGAGAGAGAGAGACUAUCAAGGGUGGGUGAUAGAACAUGAGUUGAAAUCCAUUAUAAAUUUCUGUUGGACUGAAGUCUCAGCUCCCUAGAGCUAUGUCGUAGAAAUAUUCUGAUAUUGAAUUUGACAACCCUUCCAUCAUCAUAAAUACUUAAGAUCAAACUCUGUCCUCUGAUACUUGUGUGCAACUCCUUUUUGAUGUCACUGGGAAUUAUGCAUAUGUGUAUGAAGACAGAAUUUGGUCCUUAUAGAACUAUAUGCAUUUUCAUACUUUAAAGGUGCUCCAGUAGGUCUUGGAGUAAAGUGUUGUUGGGUUUUGUGGUGGUGUUUUUUAAGUUUUAAAGGGACACUGUCAACUCAAAUUGUAGGGUUUUUUAAAACUUUUUUCAGAAAGUGUAAGUCUGAUGAAAAUAUUUCCGUGAUUGCUUUAAAAUUCCAAAGAAAACACUGACAUUAGUAAACAAAGUAACCAUUUCUUGCAGGUUUGCAUUACACAAACCUUGCAGUAUUGAGGACCCAACAUUGGGUGGAUGUGUGGGGGGGGAACUAUAAGGAAAAAAUGAAAUUGACUUCAAUGAGUUACAUUUUUUCCAAGCUGAGAGAAAUCUAAAAACUAAACCAACAGCAUCACCAGUGAAAAGAAAAUACAUUUUAAAAAAUUCUUUUCAUUUUAAAAAUCUAGAGUGGUGUUAGAAACAUAGAAAAGGAAAUAUAUUCACUUUAAUAAUAUUUGUUUAAGAUGUCAGUGCCCCAUAGCCUUUUAUCUGAAGUGGUUAAAGUAAUUCCUUGGGAGUAUAUUUUCAAAUUUAGAAUUGUGUGAUGUCUUGUAACCAUGAACUUUUACAAACAUGACCACUUAAUUUAAUUUGACUGGUUUCUUUAAAGUCCUAAUUGGGGGAAGGAGGAAUACAAUAAAUAGCAGUAAAAAUUUAGACUUCAGCCCAUUGGUAAUUAACAUACAUAAAAGUUACUGAGCACAGCUCCUCAGUAUUAAGUAACACUGUAUUCGGCAUUUACUGUGUCAUAGGUCAGAACAUUCUAACUCAAUAAUUUAAAUGAGGGUUUUGCUGGGUGAAACACCUGACUGCAGCCAUGCAGCACCAAACAUUUACUCAUUUUUGUGAUUAUUUUGAAAGGUAAUAGAUAUAAAUCCGGCUUUAUCCAGCACUAAACUGUCACUCCUUUCUAAGUUUCAGUAUCUGUUAAUUGUGUCCUUUGUUAUACACCUCUACCCCGAUAUAACGCUGUCCUCAGGAGCCAAAAAAUCUUACCGCGUUAUAGGUGAAACCGCGUUAUAUCGAACUUGCUUUGACCCGCUGGAGUGCGCAGCCCCACCCCACCCCCGCCCGGAACACUGCUUUACCGUGUUAUAUCUGAAUUCUUGUUAUAUCGGGUGGCAUUAUAUCGGGGUAGAGGUGUAUUAUAUGGCAUUUACAUUGGUGCAAACCUUUUUUGUGCACUGGCUCAGUCUUAUAGCAGCAUCUUUCCACUGGAAAUGAAUUGAAGGCUUUUGGAAAUGAAUGUCAUUUGGAACUCUAAAUGUGGUUAAUUGUAUUUUCAAUCAAAUCAAAAUGAACAAUCACAUUUUUAAAUGAUGUGUAAUAUUCUCUGCUGUAAUGUGCAUUACCUAGUAUUGCAUCAGCAAUUGGUUUUUCUGGUGGUGUAAUCAGUAGGGCA